CAUGAACGAAUUCACACUGGAGAGAAACCCUACAUAUGUAAACAGUGUGGGAAAGCUUUCAGGGCACGUGGUGCUUGUCAAAAACACGAACAAACUCACACUGGAGAAAAACCCUAUGUAUGUAAGCAGUGUGGGAAAGCUUUCAGCACUCAUGGGUAUUGUCAGGUACAUGAAAGAAGUCACACUGGAGAGAAACUCUUUGUAUGUAAGCAAUGUGGGGAAGGUUUCACUAAUUACAGUUCAUUUUCUCGACAUAAAAAGAGUCACAGUAUAGAGAAACCCUAUGUAUGUAAGCAAUGUGGCAAAGCUUUCAGGCAACGCUACAAUUGUCAAACACAUGAAAGAACUCACACUGGAGAAAAACCCUAUGUAUGCAAGCAGUGUGGGAAAGCUUUCACCACUCACAGUAAUUGUCAAGCACAUGAAAGAAGUCACACUGGAGAGAAACCCUAUGUAUGUAAGCAGUGUGGGGAAGCCUUCAGUAAUAACAGUUCAUUUUAUAGGCAUAAAAAGAGUCACACUAUAGAGAAACCCUAUGUAUGCAGGCUAUGUGGGGAAGCCUUCCUUAAUAACAGAUUAUUUUAUAGACAUGAACAUAACCACAUUCGAGAGAAACUCUAUGAAUGCAAGCAAUGUAGGGAAGCCUUCACUAGUAAGAGUUCAUUUUAUAGACAUAAAAAGAGUCACACUGGAGAAAAACCCUAUGUAUGUAAGCAAUGUGGGGAAGCCUUCACUAAAUACAAUUCAUUUUAUAAACAUAAAAGGAGUCACACUGUGUAGAAACCCUACACUAUGUUUAUAAGCAAUGAGGGAAAGCUUUCAUCAGUCAUAGCCAUUGCCAAAGAUUAAAAUUUUUUUUUUAAAAAAUGGGAGAAAAACCCUCUGUAUAUAAGCAAUGUGGAAAAGUCUUCAUUUAUUCCAGCAAUCAUCAUAGCAUUCAAAAAUAUCACAGGGGAAAUUAACUAAUAGUUCCAUAGGUGAAUGAAAUUAUUUCUUGGGUCCUAGUAGAUUUCAUAUUUUUGUAGGAUUGUUUUGUUUGUUUUGUUUUGUGUGAUUGUGGGGUAUUAAGGCACUGCAAUCUAAAUUUUUGUUGUCAUUUUCCCAGGACAUUCUCCAUAAAUUCUUGGUUUGUACACUCUGUUUUGCUUUCUUUCCAGCACCAGAAUUUUCAAAUUGGAUAUCAUUUUAUAAUUAUAUAUAUUUAAAAAGAUUUCUCGGUAAGUUUUACACUGAGUUCACCUCUUAAAAAAAAGUAUAGCUUAGCAAAUAUUGUGUUUUCCAUAUCCUCUCAAGUUAUAUAUUCCAACAUAAUUAUAGAUUCCUUCCAGUACACAGUUUUGUUUUUGUUGGUUUAUUUCAAGAGCCAUUAUUAUCAUGUGUAUCCAGUUUCAAGUGUUUCUUUUACCAUGUAAACUUUAUUUUCAUGCUCAUCUUGCCAUGAUUUAUUUUGAUGAUAAUUUUUAGAUCAGUUAUUGUACCAAAAAUAUACAUUGCUGUGGGUCCCCCACUGCUAGAGAACAGCAAGAAUGUACCUUUUCUCGAAUAUGAAAUAAUUAUAUUAGUCUCUCCACUUGGUAACUAAGAACAUACUCAAAGGAAUUUUGAUGAGGUUGAAGUUUGUUUGAGAGAAUGAUUUUUAUUCUUUGUAAUGAAGCAGAAUCCUUUAUUCUGUUCCUUGAUAUUGCAGAUACCAUUUGGUCUUUGGUAACCAUUCUUUUUUUACUUGGGAAAUUCAAAUAAUGCCAUGAAGUAGAAUCUAAUUCAUCAAAAAUAUCAGUGUUUAGUAAUGGGGAAAUUGAUUAAUUUUUGUAAUUCAGGUUGUAUUCUGUUUCACCAACUUUAAGAUAAGUCUAGGCAAUGCCCUUUUUUGAUAUCAUCAAUAAGGAUCACUGAUGGCUGAGGUGAGUGAUAUUUGCUUUCAACCAUGUAAGACAUAAAUGCUGUCAGUGUGAGGCCACCCCUGGAAUCCUUGAUUUAUUUUUACCUUUCUUACUCCCUAACACUGAAGGUUUAGUUCACUGUUCUAGAUUGUUUUCCCCAUGAAUACAGAAGCAGCUCAAUUUUGCCUGGGGUUACAUUUUGAAAAACCCAAGGUAAGGUGAAAAGAUAAGUGAUAAAUGCAUUAAAGACUCCUAAUUGCCAGGAAUUUAGCAUAGUGGUUCCACCGCCUUGCCCAAAAGUGCAAGGACCUGAGUUCUAUCCCUGGUACCAAAAAAAAAAAAAAAAAAGACUCCUAAUGUACUAAA